AUGUUUGAAAAGUCGCUAAGCGCCCUGAUCAAGGGUCUUAGGUCGCACCGCGGCAAAGAUGAGGCCAAAUACGUCGCCAGCAUGCUGGAAGAAAUUCGGGCUGAGAUCAAAAGCGCGGAUAUGGAUAUCAAGGCAGAAGCCGUACUGAAGCUGGCCUACUUGCAAAUGCUAGGCUAUCGAGUAAGCAGCGCCUCGUUCCAUAUCUUGGAGACGAUGGCCUCGUCCAAAUAUCAUAUCAAACACAUCGGAUACCUAGCUGCGACAUUGUGCUGGGCUGAAGACACAGAAGUGCUGAUCUUGGCGACCAACCUCAUCAAGAAAGAUUUGCAUUCGGCGGCCCACCUGGACGUCUUGGCCGCCUUGCAUGGUCUCUCGCAUGUAAUCACGCAAGAGCUUGCGCAGCAUCUGGUGGAUGAUAUCUCUGUGAUGCUGACGCAUUCUCGGGCAUUGGUACGCAAGAGGGCUGUAUUGGUCCUGUACUCGGCCAUCACCAAAUGCCCAGAUAUCUUGGAUCGGACGUGGGAACGCCUGCGCGACUUGCUCUGUGAUGAGCACCAAAGCGUAGCCACAGCCACAGUGAACGUGAUCUGUGAACUUGCCCGCAGGAACCCGGCGCCGUUUGUGACACUCUCGCCUCAGCUUUUCCAGAUCCUGACUACUACCUCCAACAACUGGCUGCUAAUCAAAGUAGUAAAGCUGUUUGGUGCACUGGCGCCAGUGGAGCCACGGUUGGUGCGCAAGCUGCAAAAGCCUCUCACGGAGAUCAUCUCCACGACGCCAGCCAUGAGUCUCUUGUACGAAUGUAUUCACACCACCAUCAUCGGCGGCAUGCUUCAAGGGCCUGGUAGCGAAGAGUUGGCAUGGCGCUGUGUGGAUAACUUGGGCCAUUUCCUCAACGAUGAAGACCAAAACCUACGGUACAUUGCCCUGCUUGCGCUCGGCAAAUUAAUACCUACGCAUCCUCACCUUGUGGCACAGCACCAAGAAACGAUCUUGAACUCCAUUUCGCAUCCCGAUCUUACCAUUCGUCUUCGGGCAUUGGACCUUGCUUGCCAUUUGGCUGAAUCGCCUUCUUCCCUGCAGUCUGUCGUGGAGGCCUUGAUGAACUUUUUAGAAAAACAACCUACGGCGGCAGUGUCCGAUUCUGCUACACAGAGCUUAUCGACCAUCCUGGAAACAGAGAAUGCCACAUCUGUCGACCCAUCAUCUCUCCCGCCCUCCUCGACAGCGGCCAUGACAAAUUUCCGUAUCCAGGUGAUCGAAAGCAUUUUGGAUCUUGGUUCUGCGGAGCAGUAUGCACAUAUCUCCGACCCGUCUUGGUACUUGGAUACGCUUGUCCGACUUGUGGACUUGGCACAUGCGGCCAUUGUACCUCGCAUUGUCACGCAACUGACAGAAUUCGUGUUUUUGCACCCAUCUAUUCAAUCCCAGGCAUGCGAAAUGUUGCUGCCUAUGCUUUUAGAUGCAGAGAUGUACUCGCGCGACAACCCUACGUCGGAAGUAAUUCGUGCCGGAGCAGCUAUUUGCAGCGAAUUCGUCAAUGAAGUCGAGGACGUCCCAGCCCUUGUGCGCGCGUUGGUUCAAGACCAGGUCAAAGAGUUGUCGCCACAGACAAUGGCCGUAUCGAUUCACAGUGCAUUGAAGCUAUACGCAUAUUGGGCAGCGAGCCUGGCCUCUACUUGGACGGAAGAAACGAAAACUUCACUUCUAGCACUGACGGAACACAUGUCAGCACAGCUGACAUCCUUCGCACGACUGGAGGAUACAGAGGUACAUGAGCGCGUCCAGGAAGGACUUCAGUUAUUUGUUCUGAUCCAAAAAGGCCUAGAGGCGGUCAAGGACCAGCCCGCUGCCCCUAAGCACGCAGAUGAGGAUUGGGGCGAGAAACCAUCGGAGGACGCGGCAGGCCCUCGCGCCUUGCAUCUGCUCUUACCUUUGUACUACGUGCGUUCUGAAGAGGCGACCCCACCUGCACCUUUGCCAGCUUCAAUGAAUCUACGCGCGUGGAUUGCCCCAGAGUCGUCGUGGAAGAAAGUAUGGGACGCCAUUGAACCAACACCCGUGCGUUCCAAACCAAAAGUGCGUCGAGAGCAUAUGAAAUCGCCAGAGCCAGUACCGGAAAAACAAGAUACAGAGAGUCGCACCAAGCCUUCGCCACAAAGGCGCGAAUAUAUGGACAAUCCCUUCUACUUGGAUUCGUCUUCGAGCUCGCGUACAAAGAAAAGCACUCGCAAGAAGAAUUCAGCGCCGGUGACUUCGCCGCAAGACCAAGAUGAUCUGACAGAUGUGCCUAUUGUGAAACUAGAUCUGUCUGAUCUAACGCCUAAGCCUGCCUCUGAUACCCCGACUGCUAACAGUCAAGUCCAGCCCAAGAUGGUAGCACGCAAAAAAACGUCUCGGCGUAAAUAA